AUGGUGUGGCUACAGGCCAUUGGUGGAGCUGGUCCACUUUCGAACACGGGAAAGCCAAUCAAGGAGGUGAACGUUGGUGGUGUGGACUUCAGCCUUUACCACGGCAAGAAUGGCAACAUGACGGUAUAUUCGUUCGUCGCUGCAAACACUACGAACAGUUUUUCGACGGACUUCAAGCAGUUUUUCGAUGAACUCCCGGCCAACAACUCGAUAGCUCCGGAGCAGUAUUUGAUUAACGUUCAGGCCGGCACUGAGCCCUUUGUCGGCAAUGGCAAGCUGACUGUGUCCAAAUACUCGGCUGCGGUUCACACGGUUUAG